GUAUGAGCAUUCUCCUUUAAAACAGUUCAGGAAUUCAGCCCUUCCUGAACACUGAAGAAGUGGCUCUCCCCUGACUAAACACACCUGCUUUCGGGGAAGGGCUUUUAAUAAAUUGUUACACAAACCAUCAGGAACUGGUAUUAAGCUCUUGGGACAAGAGGAUUAUAACUUUUUACUAAGGAAACCAGGAGCCUACUAUCAUGGCCGGAAAGCCCAAGCUUCACUACUUCAAUGCCCGGGGCAGGAUGGAGUCCAUCCGGUGGCUCUUGGCUGCAGCUGGGGUGGAGUUUGAAGAGAUACUUAUGAAAACUAAAGGAGACUUGGAAAAGCUAAGAAGUGAUGGAUUAUUGAUGUUCCAACAAGUACCCAUGGUUGAGAUUGAUGGGAUGAAGCUGGUGCAGACCCGAGCCAUUCUCAACUACAUUGCCGACAAACACAACCUUUACGGGAAAGACAUAAAGGAGAGAGCCCUGAUUGAUAUGUAUACAGAAGGCAUGGCAGAUUUGGAUAGAUUGAUUCUUUAUCACUCAUUCUCCUCACCUGAGGAAAAGGAGAAAAGCCUUCCUCAGAUCAAAGAAAAAGCAAGAAACCGGUAUUUUCCUGCCUUUGAAAAGGUGUUGAAGAGCCACGGACAAGACUACCUGGUUGGCAACAAGCUGAGCAAGGCUGACAUUCUCCUAGUUGAGCAGCUCUACAACAUGGAAGAGCUGGACCCCACCAUCCUCAGCAGCUUCCCUCAGCUGAAGGCCCUCAAGACCAGAGUCAGCAGCCUUCCCACUGUGAAGAAGUUCCUGCAGCCUGGCAGCCAGAGGAAGCCGCCUGUAGAUGAGAAAUGCAUAGAAGAAGACAAGAAGAUUUUCUAUUAAAUUUCGAAGGCCUAGAUGCCAAGCAUAGACAAGACCAGUUCUAACCACCAGAAAUAAUGUAGUAUUUUAAAUAAGGCAUAUAAGAUUUUCUAAGUAUGUAUGUGCUGAUUUAAUUAAAAAGCCACCGAGCAAAUUUAGUUUUUCCAGAAACAUAUCUUUGAACUUAUAUAAAGGAAAAACAAAA